UUGCUUCAUGCCAAUCGAUGUCAGGAGACCAUCAGCAGUUCAUCAGCGAGAGGUUUAGAAAACGCUGAUCUCAUUGUGUUGCCCAACAGCUCUUAUCUAUCUACACAGUAUCUCUCUAGCAAGCUUUGUACCGGUUAUCUUCCACCAUGAUUUCUUCUGGUAGAAUCUUGCUGCUCUUGGCGGCCGCCAUUUCUUCGGCAUCGGCUUUUGUUGCGCCUGUGCCCAAACCAUCCGUCCUGACCACCACCACCAACACACAACAACUGCCAAUAGCUGCAAAUAAUAAUGAAGCCAAUAUCCGCCGUGGAACCGUCUUGUUCAUGGGCUGGGGUCCUGAUCCCAUCUGGUCUCCCGCGACUGUAACAUCCAACGAAAAGGCUUGCCAAUCCGGCAGUUGUGUCAGUAUCACCCUUUCUGUCAACCCCGAGACAGCGGCCGAAUACGCCAUUCCCGGGCAAUACGUCCAAAUGCGAUUGGACGGAGACACCAAACCACUCUUUUUGGCCAUUGCCAGUGGCCCCGAUAAGGAGAAUGCCUCGUUUGAAUUCUUGAUCAAAAAGACAGAGGGAAAUGAAUGGAUUACAUCGGCAGCGUCCGGCACCACGGUCGAAAUGUCCCAAGUCUUGGGUGGUGGAUUCCCCAUGGACGAAAACCUCGAGGGAUUCAAGUACGAUUUUCCCACACAAAACGUCUUGCUCUUUGCGGCCGGGAGUGGCAUUGCCCCCAUCAAGGCCGCCAUGGAAAGUGGACAGCUCAAUGUAGCCGGUAGUGGUGGCGGUGGUGGACGCACGGCUCGAUUGUAUUACGGAGUGCAAAAUCCCGAUGAACUUUGCUUUGUCGAAUCCUUUGGACAAUGGGAACAGAUGGGAUAUCAGAUUGUCCCCGUCUUGAGUCAGCCGCCUGCCGAUUGGGAAGGCCGAACGGGUUAUGUGCAGGCGGCCUUGGAGGAGGAUGGUGUCCCCAUUCCACGAAAUUCCGGGGCACUCAUGUGCGGGAUGAAAGGAAUGGCAGAGGCUGUCAAGGACAUCUUGGUAAAGGCAGGAGUCUUUGAAGGACGAGUUCUGACCAACUUUUAAAAUGACGUAGAAACUGAAGCCAGUGAUUGAGAGAUAAGGAAGGAUGGGUGGGUGGAUGGAUGGAUGGAAGUCGAGAGCGGUCACUCGUUGUGAUUUUCUCUACUACUACCGUACCAGUAAAUGCUCUUACGAAAAUCUUUACGAUCCUUUAUGUAUUCACAGCGAAGAAGUCUCUGUCCAGCAAUUCAGAUUUGGGCAAUGCAUUGUCUGAAUGCCAUCUCACGAGACGGGGUUGAGCUUGUUUGGGGUGGUUGGUCGUUAUUUUGUAACAAUACAGACAUCGUUCUAGCUACUGUCUGUGGGAAGAACUACUAGCUUACCGUGCAAGGAGGCUGCGGGGUGGUACUACUACAUGUCGUAUUGUAUUGAGUUGUGGCAGUGCCGGGACUACUUUCUUCUGCAAUCCUUUGGCUUCGUUAUACUCUUGUCCUUGUCCUGUCCAGGUUAAAACGAACAGUCGAGUAACAGGCACAAAGAGAAUUGCUGUCAGCAGAUCGGGAUUGACUUGACUUGACUCCAUCCACCUUCGGGCUUCUUGCAAAGGAAAUUGUAGCUGUUGACUACUAGCUAGAUGUCAUCAUCGGUCCAUCGCGGACGCAUCUUUUCCCAUUCUUCUUUUGUGGGCGGACCAAUUCGAGGAGGGUUGCGUAGCUUUUGCCGUUCUGUGACCUUUUCCAUUGUUCGCAGCAUGGAGGAAGCUCGUUUGGUAUACAUGGUAAAGCCUGCGGAAGCAGCAAGGCACACAGAGAAGAUUACGAUUGGUGGAAUUCCAAUCUUGUUGCUGUUAUCGUCGGUGUUCUUGGAUCCUGCAGUUCCUUGAGACGCCAUGGCAUUGAUCAGAUACUGCGAAGAUGAAGGCUGCGGAUGCUAAUGCUAAUACUAUGGUAUCUCGGCGCUUCUCUU